AUGACUAAUUUUAUUGACGUUGGUAUCAUGCAUCACUGUUAUUUCAUGUCGAAUAAUAUGCCGAGAUCGAAAAUUUUACUGUUAACCACGCAAUCAUCGAAAAUUCCAAUAAGCAUCUUGACAGCAUCUGCAUUUAAAUUCCAACCAUCGAAAUAUAAAGUAGUCACCAUGGAUGACCGAGUUCCAUUCUAUAAACUAGCUACCAUAGAUGGCAAUAAACCUUAUGCCGAUGGUGACCGAGCUCAAGCAACUAUUUUUCACAGUUUGCAACUGACACAAAAAUGUAAACAAGAUCCAUCGCUCAUCGUCGUCGACAUCGGUGGUUUCUUAGGCGACUUUGGACUCUACGCAGCUGCAUGUGGAUGUCACGUGUUCAUCUUUGAAGUCCAACCAGAAAUGGUUGAGCUCAUCAAAACAUCUGUUGCACUCAACAACUUUUCGACUUCUCGUGUUCACGUCAUACAAAAGGCAGUCAGCAAUUUACCUUCCAACUCUCAAGUGACAUUUGCCAGUCAGGGUGGUCAAACAACUGCGAUGAACGGCACUCUUCUUGUAUCUACUAUUCGUCUAGAUGACAUCGACUGGCCAGCAGCGUCAUCGAUUAUUCUGCUGAAAAUAGAUGUCGAAGGAUUCGAACUGAAUGUUCUUCGAUCAGGUGAAGGUUUGUUUCGUGAAAAACGUAUUCAACACGUGAUUUUCGAGUACACCGCAUGGUGGACUGAUCGUGCAGCACAAGAUGCGCUGAUUCCAUAUGUGAAGAAUACACUUAAUGCAAAAGAUUUGUAUGCACUGGAUCGAAGAGAUGUCAAUGUAUACGGUCCAUUGAGUGAAGAUCUUUUCCGUGAAUUUCAUAAUAGUCAUGUCCGACGUCACUUACAAACCGAUAUUUAUGCACGAUUCUUAGAGUCAAAUGGAAACUCUAAUUUAGAAGUACAGCCAUACAAGAUGGGAUCAUCAUUUGCAUGA